GCGCAGUUUCGAACCCAGGAAUAAGUGAUUGGUGGUGUUCUCCUCGUGUUUCUUUUUUCGCGGGGGAUUUGGGAUCAAUUUAUUUUGAAAAGUGGUUUCUGGGGACUGGGAGAUGUGGAGGAAAAUUUCGUACAAUUUCGGAGCCGUUUGCGGCGUUUUGUUGCUGGUUUCAGCGGCGACCGAAGCACAGGACGCCCAGAGUCAGAGUUUGGCAGAAAGAAAUCGACAGCAUGCUCAGUACAAGUACCCAGAUAAUUACGACCCCAUGUUUUCGAGGAUUGCGCCGAACACGGAAGUGGACCCGGAAACCGGAUCUUACACCAUGACGGCGGAGAGAUUGGAGCAGAUCCGAGAGCCGCUCAUGUAUCCGUUCUACGACGGA